ACCCCACACCAGCAACUCCCUAGCGUGCUUAAAGGCCCCGCCAGGGACGAAUUGGAAGUUGGAUCCGAGGCUUGCAGGACUCAGCAUCCGGGUUCUAGAGGAACAAAAGUCUGAAGAUGAAUUUCCUACGAACGCUUUCUGGUUUCUGGAGCUGGCUCUUCAAACCUGAACUUGCCAAGGACUCCCCUGAUAGUGCCGAGGACACUGUUAACCCAUGGCGUGAGCUGCUGGAAAAGGUGAAUGCGGCGGAUCUCCCCGAUUCAGCCUUUUCGAGCGGUAAGGAAUUUAACGACUCUGUGUACAGUACUUUCGAACAUUUCUGGAAGGUUAGGGACUAUGACGCAGUUGGCGAGCUGCUUCUGGCAUCUCUGGAUAAAGUAACAAAGGAAAGGGACCAAUUCAGAGAUGAAAUUUCCCAGCUCCGAAUGCACGUACAUGAUCUAAAGGUUUCUAAGUGUGUCCUGGAGGAGACUCUUCUCUCCUACCGCCGCAGGAUUGAAGUUGGAGAAAAGCAGACUCAAGCCCUCAUUGUGAGAUUAGCUGAUUUACAAUCCCAGGUCUCGGGUCAGCCCGCUCGGAAGGUGUCUGCAGAUAAGGUGAACGCACUGAUUGGCAAAGCAUGGGAUCCUGUAACCUGGGAUGGAGAUGUGUGGGAGGACACCGAUUCUGAAGAGACUGAGAAAGCAGACUUGCCCACUGCCUCGGCCUCUCCACCUUUGUCUGAGGAAAGUGGCUAUGCCUUGUCUAAAGAACAGCAGGACAAAGCUGAGGUUUCUCAGAACCAGUCUCCACCAUCCUUAGUUACUUCUGGACCUGUCACCAUACCCAAGUCUGUGUCUGUCCUUACAAGUCAGAAACAACGCCAUACUAACUCUGAACUCCGAACACUUGCUCAGUCAUAUGGACAAAGGGAAAAUGAACGUGCAGGGGCAUGGAUUUUAAGAGUGUGGGGUAAUGGUGGAAGGCUCACAAUACUGGAUGAGACCGAAUUUCUUUCUUUAGGUGGUUUGAGCCGUGAUAGUGAGUUUAAUGUCAUAGCCCGCACUGUUGAAGAAAACAGUGUGAAGAGUUUGUUUGAAUGGUUGGUUGAGGCAUGGGUCCAAAGAUGGCCUAGUACAAGAAAGCUGGAGGUGCCUGACAAUGUGUUAUGGUAUUCUAUUAAUGAUGGGAUUCAACUCCUCGAGGAACUUGGAAUGAUUGAGUGGCUUUGUGUGAAAGCUGCUUGUCCGCAGUGGAGGGGCCCAGAAGAUGUACACAUCACUAGGGCUGUGAGGAUAACUUUCGUCAGGGCGACUCCAGAGGUUUGGAAGAGCUUUGUAUUUAGCCUUCUCUGUAUAAAGGACCUAACAGUGGGGGCCAUGGCUGCUCAGUUGCAGGACUUGGUAGAAAUAAGUCAAAAGCCAAAAGUGGCUGGGAAGAGAUGAUGGUUUGACUCCCAUGGACCGUAUAGCAGUUGUCUCUCUCCACCUGUGAAUAUCAAAGCAUCAGGUAAAGAGUUUAAAUUCAGAAGGAUGACCUGCAGUGGAGACAUAAAGGACAGAGAUGAUUUCUUUUUUUGUUUUCUUUCAACAUAGAUUCUAGAGCCUGAGGUGGGUUACUUUCCUAUGAGGUCCCUGAAGCCCCACAAACCCAAAAUGAUUAUUGCCACUUGUGCCCUUCCCCCCACAGCCU